AUGGCUAUCACAGCUCCAACCAAGACCGCCACUGCGGUAGAUCCGGUAUUCGGCAGCACCUCAGUGGUUUCAGAUGGAUCCGCAAAUACGCCGCAGCAACCACACAAUCAAGCUGAUCUUAUCAUUGUUGGUGCGGGAAUAGCUGGAUGCGCAGCAGCAGUUGCCUUCGGUAGGCAAGGACGCAGCGUUAUUGUCUUGGAGCGAAGCUUGAAGGAGCCAGAGCGGGUGGUAGGCGAGCUACUGCAGCCAGGAGGUGUGAAAGCUCUAGAAGCGUUAGGAUUGACGGACUGCCUCGAAGGAAUUGAUGCUGUGCCAUGCUACGGCUACCGCGUCUCCUAUCACAAAGAGGCCGUCAAUAUCCCUUACCCCAAAGCUGUAGAGGCCCCGUAUGGGAGUCCCGAAGGCCGCGCAUUUCGCCAUGGCCGCUUCAUCCAAAAGCUGCGCGAGGCAGUUAAACGUACACCGAACGUAAAGGUCAUAGAGAGCAAGGUGACCGAGAUAGUGGAGGACAAGGCCAUGGGAAAGGUCGUUGGUGUGACCGCCGAAACAGGGCCAGAGAUGACAAAAGAAUAUUACUUUGGAAAGCUGACUCUUGUUGCCGAUGGGUACGCUUCCACUUUUCGUAAAUCAUACCUACCAAACAAGCCCGCCUCCCGGUCAAAGUUUUGGGCACUCGAACUCCUUGAAGCGGAGUUGCCCACUCCAUAUUUCGGCCACGUUAUCCUGUCAAACGCCCCACCCAUUCUCCUGUACCAAAUCAGCCCCCGCCAGACGCGUAUCUUCAUGGACAUCCCGACUGGUCUGCCAAGUGCUAAGCCAUCUGCCGGAGGGAUUAAGGCCCAUAUGCUCAAUGUGGUGCUCCCAGAGCUGCCAGAGGGAUGCCAGAACAGCUUCAAGCAGGCGGUGGCAGGGGGUAAGUUCCGAAGUAUGCCCAACUCGUUUCUUCCUCCAUCCACGCAGAAAACACCUGGGCUGGUUAUGAUCGGAGACGCCCUAAACAUGCGGCACCCGCUUACUGGGGGCGGUAUGACCGUGGCCUUCAAUGAUGUGGUGCUGCUUUCCCGGCUGCUUGCACCGGAAAUAGUGCCCUCACUCGACGACUCUGCCGCUGUGCUGAAGCAAAUGGCCCGCUUCCAUUGGACUAGGAAGCAGGGGUCAUCUAUCAUUAACAUCCUGGCGAUGGCGCUAUACAGCCUGUUUGCAGCCGACGAUGCAGCGCUUGACACUCUCAGAAACGGUUGUUUCCGGUAUUUUCAACGUGGUGGGAAGUGCAUCGAUGAGCCGUGUGGUAUGCUGGCUGGUCUGAUCAGAGCACCUUGGGUAUUGGUGUAUCAUUUCUUCUCUGUUGCUUUCUACGCCAUGUGGCUGCGGGUUACAGAGGUGCCCAUUUGGCAGAAGCCAUAUGAGUUGGUCGUGGCAUCGCCCUGGGUACUUUGGACAGCUUGCUGGGUCAUCGGACCAUAUCUUUUGUGGGAAUGCAGGGCUUAG